CAGGGAGAUUGCAGCGGCGCGAUCCGAUCAAGGCCCGCCCGGAGUCCAGCUCCGGUUACCCGCCCCUGCUCCAGCUCGGGGUUGCUUUUCGUCAGCACUGUGUUUCGAGCGAUGAAUCGGGUCAAGAGCGAGAGCAGCUGGGAGAUGCCUGAGACUGACUUGCCAUCUCACGACGAUGAUAGCGUGAAGGCACCUCCGCGCAGGAAAGCUGACACGCAGCUGAAGAAAGGCCCUUGGACACCGUCGGAGGAUGCCGUCUUGGAGGCGUAUGUUAAGAAACAUGGUGUGCGUAACUGGAAUGUGGUGCAGAAGGAAACCGGACUCUUGAGGUGCGGCAAGAGCUGCCGUCUCCGCUGGUCAAACCACCUGAGGCCCGACUUAAAGAAGGGGACCUUCACCAAAGAGGAGAAGAACUUGAUCAUUAAGCUCCAUUUUCGUAUGGGUAAUAAGUGGGCUCAAAUCGCUGCUUAUUUGCCAGGGCGCACUGAUAAUGAAAUAAAAAACUACUGGAACACUCGAGUAAAGAAAUGCGUGCGCAUGAAUAUACCAGCACAUCCUCCUAAUAUUUGCAUGGAGGCUUCAAAUGAAGAUCAGCAUGAGUCUGCUGACUCCAAUUUCAGCGAGAAGUUGGCCAAUGAUCUCCUACAUGUUCCCGACUUCACGUGGGGCAGUUCCAUUGGUGUCCAAGAAUCUUUAUCUAAUGCACCCCAGCUUCCAGAUAUUUCUUUCAGCAGUUUACUUGCUCUGAACUUCACGUCAAAAAAUUAUGACUUCAUAGGUCAAGCAAACCAAGAAAAUGUUCUCAAGGAAUCUGAGAUUUUGUUUCCUGUGUUGAAUCCAACAAUCAAUGGUAUGUUUUCCUCAAUUGAUCAAUCCCUUAGCGUGAAGCUCGCAUUAGGUUUUGCUUGUCAUUAUGCGACUAUCUUCAUCGAUCUAAGACCGGGUCGCCUUUCUGCAGGUACCUUCGAUGGCAGCCAUGCCUUUUCAAAUGGCAACUUCUCUACUUCUAGGCCCAUAACUGGUCCUUCGAAGAUGGAGCUCCCUUCAUUCCAAUGUGUGGCAUCUGAUCCAAACAACUGGUGCACAUACUUAAGUACUUCUGCCAUGCAGCGUUCCAGCUAUGCUGAUCUCUGCGUGCAGUCAUCAGCGGUAGCAGCAUCAGCAAAGUUUGAGUCCAUAUGCAUGGCACCGAGGGACAGUGGUCAGUUGGAAGAGCUGCUUCCAGAAGCGCAGGCACUAAGCUCUGUGGAGAACCAACAGCUGUCUGUGGGGAGUUUGAGUCCCCCCUCUGUUGGUACACCCUGUGAUGCUAUGGUGGAACCUACAGGGCUUGAUCUCUUUGAACGAGAUACCAACCUGUACGCUCUUAUCGACAGCUGUCUUUCUGCCCCACCUCUUUGCCCGGCAUCUCCAGAUGAAUUUCAGCCCGCCAUAAUUCUAUCUGCACCGAACCCUGCGUUUGGUUCCACUGAACCAACUGUUCCCCAGUACGAGCAAGGGUAUUUCUCACCCCACCCUGAAGAUUCCAGGACAGAUGCAUUCUCCCCAUGGUACACGAUGCCCGCCGUUUUUCAGUGACACACAAAAUGAUGCAGGAAACCUUGAGCGGCAUGCCUCCAGAAUGUCAGGCUUCAAGCGAAAUCUCCAACUGGCCUACAAUAAAGCUCACAGAGACAACUAGGCGAAUCAGUUUUAUCUUUGUUUCAUCCUUCUGAGUGAAAUUCGAUCCUGGCCGCUCAACUUGAUACACUCGCUCUGGUCAUCUAGCUACAAAGAAUGCUAUGUCUAUCCAACGGAACUAUGUAAAAGAAGGUUCAAUGCA